AUGGCCCCGAGCCCGAGGGUGCACAUGAAUCCUCCCGCACCUCAUCGUGUCCAGAACCGACCGAUGCUUGAGACAGAACUGCUCAGAGCUCGCCUCGAGCUCGCACCCGUCCCAUCCACACUCGUGCGUCGGGCAGAAGUGCUGCCCCCGCCUGUGCUGGUCGCACAUCUGAUGCCGGCACCCGUGCUCCUCGCAGAACCUGCCCCUCCCCGCCAUCCUCCCCUUGUCGCAGCCGGCGUCGACGCACUGGUGGUCGGCGCAGUGGCAGCCCGCCAGCCUCUCCUUCUGGCACCCGUCCACCUGGCAGUAGUGCCGGCUGCAGAACGGCGUCACGACACCGCUCUCCCGCGCGUGGCAGAACAUGGUGCAGUGCGACGCCGACCGGCACCGCCUGUGCCUGUCGCAGAACCGCUUGGGAUCCGCCGGUCCCUCCCCGCCACCGGCCACGCCGCACUGGCAGCUCUCGUAUCCGCAGGUAUGCUUUGUACAAAAUGGCCCCGAGCUCUUAACCUCUUGGCAAUCUUUGCUAGGGCACCGGUGGUCGGCGCAGUAUCGGAGAUCCAGGCCCUCGAGACAGGCGCGCCGCUUCUUACACUUGUCCGCGCAGCAGAGGUCUACUCCGACUUAAACGCUCCGGUUAGGAUCAUCGUCCUUCACAUGGUGGCUACAGCGUACACCUCGCUCCAUCGCAGUACACUGCAGAUCUUUGAAUCUGUCAACUAUUUCCUUUACUUCAAAACCCAGAAGAGGCGAGAGGUUUAG